AUGGACCAAAAUAUUAUCAUUCUUCCCGCGGACAAAGGAGGCUCCACUGCCAUUUUGAACAAGACGGACUACAAACAGAAAAUGCUGUCAUUAUUAGACGACAGAUCUACUUACCAACCACUCCCUACAGACCCCACCAAAGCGCAAGCUUCAUCCAUCGACAAAGUGUUGAAGCGUCUCACAGGGAAGAAACAACUGUCAGAAGACAUCGCUAAAUCGCUCAAACAAUCUAAGCCGACCAUCGCGAAGAUCUAUGGAUUGCCUAAAGUUCACAAAACCGAAGUUCCACUUAGACCGAUCGUAUCACUAAUCGGUGCACCUAACUACAAAAUUUCCAAGUGGUUGUUCCAGAAACUUCAUCCGCUCACGAAAAAUUGUGAAACCUCAAUAGAGAACUCGACAGAAUUCCUGAAGAAAUUGCAAGGGAUCACAGUUUCCGCCGAUGAGAUAAUGGUCUCUUUUGAUGUCGUUUCCCUGUUUACGUCAAUACCGUUGGAUUUCGCAAAACAGUGCACCGAGGACCUCCUGCUGUGCUACGACACAGAUGUGCCCGCCGCCGCUAUGCUCGAACUGAUUGGUUUAUGUUUGGAAACUAACUUUUCAUUCGACCAGCAAUGCUACAAGCAACUGAAAGGAGCCCCUAUGGGGUCACCCAUUUCUGGUUUUCUCGCUGAAAUAACAAUGCAGAAACUAGAGGCAACGGCGCUCCCGUUGUGUACUCCUAAAUUGUGGCUGCGAUAUGUGGAUGACACAGUUGUUAUCGUGAAAAAGAACCAACUAGAAGUGCUCCACAAUACUAUCAACUCAACAAUUGCUGGGAUUCAAUUCACACUUGAAACGGAAGUGGACUGCAAACUCCCAUUUCUGGAUGUUCUCGUGCAGCGUAAGGUCGACGGAACGUUACGCACAUCCGUUUACCGGAAAGAAACUUACGCUGAAGUCAUUCUACCUUAUAAGAGCAACCAGCCCAUUUCUCACAAACGGAGUACCGUAAACAGUCUGCUUGGUCGAGCAAAAACACAUUGUUCGGAUGAAGAAGACUAUCGAGCCGAAGUGAAUUACUUGUACGAAUUAUUUUCGCAGAAUGGAUACCCUAAGGACUUUGUACGCAGAUGUAUGAGGCAGCGAGAAUCAAGGGAGAAGGAGCCGGGUAGUUCCAAUCAGACGCCUGAAUUAAGCACUUGGCGAACCCUUCCUUACAUUAAGAAUGUGUCUGAACUCGUCGAAAGGCACUUAAGGAAGCACCAAAUUCGAGUGGCGCACAAACCUACGACUACUUUGCGCUCUCAGCUGGUACAUCCUAAGGAUAGGGUUAAUCAGCUGGACAAGAAAGAGGUCGUCUACAAGAUACCGUGUAAUGCAUGUACUGCCGUCUAUUGUGGCCAGACUGGAAAAUCCGCCUCAACACGCAUCCAUGAGCACCAGUUGGCAGUAAAGAGGCGAGACCAUCUGUCUCAGGUAGCCAUGCAUACGCUGGACACCGGGCACACUUUCGCUUGGGACAAAGCUCGCGUUGUCGCGGUCUGCCCUUUCAAGAAAGGCCGAGAAUUCCUCGAGGCGAUGCACUCUGAUGACUCAUGCAUCAACCGGCAUAUCGAGUUGGAUGCCGUGUACAGAAACCUGAAGGAGAAAUGGAAGAGAAGGGAACCAACCAGCUCAGACUGA